AUGGUUCAUACCAAAAGAGAUCUCAUUGCUGAGACCCGCUGUUUCAUAGAGGCCAUAGAUCCUCAAAUCUGGCUCAGAAAUCACCAGCAGCAGCAGCUGGUGCACAGGCAGGAAGAUGUUGAAUGGUAUCAUCAGAAACCUGUUCUGUCCCCGGUGGAUUCUCACCCUUGCUUGCUCUUGAGGAUGCUCUCCAUGGGGGCUGCGAUGACGUCCCAGAUGUGGAGGCUGACAUGGGUCAUCCUACUGAUGGGGCUCCGGCUCACAGAAGCAGUCGACUAUGCAGAGGCCAGGACAGUGACGGCGUUCCCCGACAUUACAAAUCUGAUCGUGACUACAGUUCAAGCGAAUCCGGACCAUCGGUCCACGAUCUGCAGCACAUGGGGAAAUUUCCACUUCAAGACCUUUGAUGGUCAUUUCUUUCAAGCGCCGGACACAUGCAACUAUAUUCUGGCCGGCUUGUGCAAGCCAGAGGACCAUUCUGAUUUUAACAUUAAAAUUCAAGGAAAGAUUGUAAAUAAUUUAGUCACUUUCGGCAAGAUCACCGUAGAUUUUCAGGGGACAGUCAUUGAACUCACCAACAACAAUAUUACUAUGGACCAACAAGAGUUGUAUAAUGCAACUCUCAAGAAUGGAAUUACAGUCAUGAUGACUACGUCAAGUGUUAAGAUCUCUAACAAUCAUGGGGUGAAUGUCUUUUGGGAGAAGGACCAAUCAUUAUUGAUUGAACUUCCAGAAAAGUACCAAAAUCAGACCUGUGGACUUUGUGGAAACUUCAAUGGCGACAAGACUGAUGAUUCAUUCGACAACGAUUUGGCUAAUUGGAAAGUGAAUCCAUUGGAAUCCUGCGAGGUCGGCAAAAUUCAUUCUAAUGAUCUGUGCCAAAACCAGACAAGCAUUUGCCAGCUGUAUCUCAGCAGUCCGGGGUUUAGUGACUGUUACAGUGUGAUGGACAUGAGUUCAUUUGAAGAAGCCUGUGUAAACGACCUGUGUCAGUGCUAUGGCAAUCAAGACUGUCUCUGCAACACACUCACAGAGAUUUCACGACAAUGCGCUCAUUCUGGAGGAAAUCCAGGAACGUGGAGGACUGAACAGCUCUGUCCAAAAACAUGUCCUCUGAACCUGCUACACAUGGAGUGUGGGAGUCCGUGCAAAAACACCUGCUCAGAUCCAGAUGCACGCGAACUGUGUAAAGAACACUGUGUGGACGGCUGUUUCUGCCCUUUUGAUCUGGUUGAGGAUGACAUCGGUCAGAGCGGCUGUGUUCCUGUGGACGAGUGCCCUUGUGUGCACGACGGCAUGGUAUAUCAAUCAGGAGAGUCUUACGAGCAAGCUUGCAAAAAAUGUAAUUGCACUGCAGGACGCUGGACUUGUACGUACCUGAAAUGUCCCGGAAUCUGCUCGGUUGUUGGAGGUUCUCACAUCACAACCUAUGAUGGAAAGACCUUCACCUUCAGCGGCAACUGUGACUACAUCUUCACUAAGCACACUAAUGACAGUGACAUUGCGGUUGUGGGAAAUCUGGCACAGUGUGAUUGGGCCCGAUCAGACACAUGUCUAAAUUCAGUUACCCUUGUCAUCUCAGAGACCACUAUUAGUUUUUCCUCCAAUGGUGUUGUGACACUGAACGGAAGCAGACCAUAUAAGCUGCCUGCCACCUCAGGUCCUGUUAGCAUCUUCCAGCCCUCUUCCUCUUUCAUCAUUGCUGAUAUGAAGAGUCUCCGUCUAGAGAUCCAGUUGGCUCCAGUCAUGCAGAUGUAUAUUGUAGCCAGCACUGAAGAGAAAGGGAAGAUGACUGGUCUAUGUGGAAACUACAAUGAUGUCCAAUUAGAUGACUUCAAAACAGAGUUGGGCAUUAAAGAGGACACACCAAUACCCUUUGUCAACUAUUGGAAAAACCUAAACAGUUGUCCAAAUCUUGAAAACACAUUUGACAACCCCUGUAGUAUGCAUUCGGACAUAGAGAAUGCAGCUAAAAACUGGUGUUCCCAUCUAACGAACCCUAUUGGGCUAUUUUCUGCAUGUCAUUUAGAAAUAUCUCCUAACAUUUACUACAAGUGGUGUGUCUAUGACACCUGCAAAUGUGCAGAUAUUAGGAAGUGUAUGUGUGCAGCCGUGUCCAACUAUGCCCACGCCUGUGCUGCCAGAGGAAUCAUUAUCCAGGGCUGGAUGGAUUCUGAACCCUGUGUGACUAAGUGUUCAGGCAACAUGAAGUACUCCUAUGGCAUGUCCAGCUGUGACAGCACCUGCCGCUCUCUCAGUGAAGAAGAUGACACCUGCAAAGGGUCCUUUACACCUGUAGAUGGUUGUGCAUGUCCUAAAGAUACCUACCUCAAUGAUGAGAACAUAUGCGUGACUGCUGACCGGUGUCCUUGUUACAGUGGCAACCGGGUCAUAAAGCCAUCAGAAAUAAUCUACAAAAAUGGUGUCAAAUGCACCUGCAACCUUGGCAAAUUGCACUGCUCCAGUGAAAUAGGUUGUGUGCAUCCAAUGAUCUUCUUCAACUGCUCGGCUGAACAAGGAAAUAAAGGGACAGAAUGUCAGGGGACAUGUGAGAAACAAGACCCCAGCAACUGUGUGAGUACAUGGUGUGUAUCAGGGUGUAUGUGUCCAGAUGGCCUUCUGGCUGAUGGAAAAGGUGGGUGUGUGGAGAGGAAAAACUGCCCCUGUGUCCACAAUGGACUCAGCUAUUCACCUGGAGAGCAAGUUCAAGAGGACUGUAACACCUGCACAUGCACAGAUGGGAUGUGGAAUUGUACACAAAAGGCAUGCUAUGGCACCUGUACUAUCUAUGGUGAAGGUCAUUUCAGGACUUUUGAUGGCAAAAGUUACUCCCUCUACAGAGAAUGCAAACACACUAUUGCUCGUGAUAAUUGCAAUAUGGACCAGACUCUCUCCUUCAGCCUUGUCACACAGAACAAACUCUGUGAGACCACCAACACCAUCUGCAAGUCUAUCAGUCUCUUAUUUGGGAGAUAUGAAAUACUUUUAUCGGAGGAUGGAGUCAAAGUUCUUGAAGGCAAUGGCACUGAUUACCAAUAUCAGAUCCAUUCCGCUGGGAUAUAUAUUGUCACAGAGGUCAAAGGCCUUUUGAACUUAAUCUGGGACAACAAAACCAGUUUGAUGCUCCAAGUCGAUCCCAAAUUUAAGGGCAAGGUGUGUGGACUGUGUGGAGACUUCGAUGGUAAUGCAAACAAUGACUUUAAGAAGCACAAUGGGGAAGUGGUGACAGAUUCAAUCGAUUUUGGAGAUAGCUGGAGGGUGGAUCCCAACUGCCCAGAUGUGACAAACUCGAUAGACUUUUGUAAAGUAAAUCAACAUCGGAGUGCCUGGGCUGAAAAGCGGUGCACCAUCAUAAGGAGCGAUGUCUUUGAAGACUGCCAUGCACUUGUGGAUUCUGGCCCAUACUUUGAUGCCUGUGUAAGGGACACCUGUGCAUGUGACAGUGGGGGGGACUGUGAUUGUUUCUGCACUGCAGUGGCAGCUUAUGCUGCUGAAUGCCGUAAAAAAGGAGCUUGCGUGGCAUGGCGGACCCCGGGCAUUUGCCCUUUAUUCUGUGACUACUACAACCCUCCGGAAAAAUGCAAGUGGCAUUAUAAAUCCUGUGGACCACCAUGCCUACAAACCUGCAAAAAUCCAUCAGGAGCUUGCUCUGAUCAAAUUCCUCUCCUUGAAGGAUGUUUUCCUCAGUGUCCUCCAGAAACUCCAUAUCUAUUGGAUGAAACCAUGACUUGUGUUCAAAAAUGUAACUGUACCUAUGACAAUAAACAAUUUUCUGCUGGAUCAACGGUGUAUGAGGAUGGACCAUGUUUCAAAGCGGUAUGUGCUGAAAAUGGGAAAAUAGUGGGUAGUCAGUGGUGUAAUAUCACCACAACAGCAGGAACAUCUAGCACUAGCUCCACAACUACUACACGGUCAACCACAACUCCUCCAAUACCUACUACCACUACCACUACUACUGUAACACCACCAUCCACAACAACAGGAUCAUCUCCCUCUAGCUCUACAACUACUUCAGUGUCAACCACAACUCCUAGAAUACAUACUACAACUUCUACAAUACCUACUACCACUACUUCUGUGACACCGCCAUCCACAACAACAGGACCAUCUACCACUAGCUCCACAACUACUACAGGGUUAACCACAACUCCUCCAAUACCUACUACCACUACUACUAUAACACCACCAUCCACACCAACAGGAUCAUCUCCCUCUAGCUCUACCACUACUUCAGUGUCAACCACAACUCCUAGAAUACCUACUACAACAUCUACAAUACCUACUACCACUACUUCUGUAACACCGCCAUCCACAACAACAGGAACAUCUACCACUAGCUCCACAACUACUACAGGGUCAACCACAACUCCUCCAAUACCUACUACCACUACUACUAUAACACCACCAUCCACACCAACAGGAUCAUCUCCCUCUAGCUCUACCACUACUUCAGUGUCAACCACAACUCCUAGAAUACCUACUACAACAUCUACAAUACCUACUACCACUACUUCUGUAACACCGCCAUCUACAACAACAGGAUCAUCUACCACUAGCUCUACAACUACUUCAGUGUCAACCACAACUCCUAGAAUACCUACCACAACUCCUCCAAUACCUACUACCACUACUUCUGUAACACCGCCAUCCACAACAACAGGAACAUCUACCACUAGCUCCACAACUACUACAGGGUCAACCACAACUCCUCCAAUACCUACUACCACUACUACUAUAACACCACCAUCCACACCAACAGGAUCAUCUCCCUCUAGCUCUACCACUACUUCAGUGUCAACCACAACUCCUAGAAUACCUACUACAACAUCUACAAUACCUACUACCACUAAUUCUGUAACACCGCCAUCUACAACAACAGGAUCAUCUACCACUAGCUCUACAACUACUUCAGUGUCAACCACAACUCCUAGAAUACCUACCACAACUCCUCCAAUACCUACUACCACUACUUCUGUAACACCGCCAUCCACAACAACAGGAACAUCUACCACUAGCUCCACAACUACUACAGGGUCAACCACAACUCCUCCAAUACCUACUACCACUACUACUAUAACACCACCAUCCACACCAACAGGAUCAUCUCCCUCUAGCUCUACCACUACUUCGGUGUCAACCACAACUCCUAGAAUACCUACUACAACAUCUACAAUACCUACUACCACUACUUCUGUAACACCGCCAUCUACAACAACAGGAUCAUCUACCACUAGCUCUACAACUACUUCAGUGUCAACCACAACUCCUAGAAUACCUACUACAACUUCUACAAUACCUACUACCACUACUUCUGUAACACCGCCAUCCACAACAACAGGAACAUCUACCACUAGCUCCACAACUACUACAGGGUCAACCACAACUCCUCCAAUACCUACUACCACUACUACUAUAACACCACCAUCCACACCAACAGGAUCAUCUCCCUCUAGCUCUACCACUACUUCAGUGUCAACCACAACUCCUAGAAUACCUACUACAACAUCUACAAUACCUACUACCACUAAUUCUAAUACCCUACCACAACCUCCAAUACCUACUACCACUACUUCUGUAACACCGCCAUCCACAACAACAGGAACAUCUACCACUAGCUCCACAACUACUACAGGGUCAACCACAACUCCUCCAAUACCUACUACCACUACUACUAUAACACCACCAUCCACACCAACAGGAUCAUCUCCCUCUAGCUCUACCACUACUUCGGUGUCAACCACAACUCCUAGAAUACCUACUACAACAUCUACAAUACCUACUACCACUACUUCUGUAACACCGCCAUCUACAACAACAGGAUCAUCUACCACUAGCUCUACAACUACUUCAGUGUCAACCACAACCACGCCUAUCGAACAUCAGAAAGUAAUCACAACAACAUUCUCCACCUCUACUACUAGUACAUGUUUUUGCACAUAUGAAAAUGUAAAAUUCCCAGCUGGGUCAACCAUCAACAGUCUACAGGAUGAGUGCUAUAAGGCUUACUGCAACUCCACUUGCUUUAUUGUAAAAGAGAUUCAAUUUGACAAUGAUACGGUAAUAUGA